AUGAAUAUCUGGUCAGGGUCCGUUGCCCUGGAUUCAGACCGCCAGCUGGAAGGGAUCCGUUUGGUCAAUCCGACCUCCCACUGGCAAUGCGAUAUACCCAAAGACUCGAAACUCCGCCUGCGCAGCUUCGUGAAUCCGUCGCUCAUUCCACUACACGCACGAGCGGGCCCCAGCCUCGAGUUACACACAAUCCACGUAGGCACGUCCCAAUGGCUUCAGAACAAGCUCACCAGCGCUAUCUGGUUGAGCGAGGACGAACUAGACCUCCACCAGUCACUGCAAUGCCCUGUCGGUCUUCUGAUUAGUGUCGAUGGCACUAGUGUCAAGAAGACCGGCGUUGUCACGUCGGAUCUCUUGAUCUAUGGCGUAUUAUCCAGAGCGACAUCGUGUGCACGCCCGCCCACACCACCACAUUCGUCGCCAGCUGAGAUCAAUGGCCAAACCAUUACCCCACCAAACAAACCGUAUGAACUCAGGAUUUAUGCUGCGCCUCUCUCAACUUCGCUCCUCACCCAAGCACAAGCAUUUCCAUCUCCACCACAAAGCUCCGACGGCGAGCAAGUUUCCACCCAGGCCGAGUUCCUUCCAGAUAUCAGCUCACCCAGUCCAAAGCGGAAACGAGUCGCAACACUCUUUGAAUCUGCAGCACAACACCACCGGCGCGUACGGCAACGAGGUGGGGAGGCCGUCUCUCAAUUAAUGGCCACAUCGCGACCAUUGUCCUCGUCGCAAAACCUCCAAGCUCUCCGCGUGAAGCGAGAACCCGAAGACGAGAAACCUAGUCUUCCAUCACUUGACCGAAUAGCUGCACGUAGAUCACGCUCUGUAUCUAUCGGCGCCAACUUGCACCGUCCAGGUAGCAGACUCGGGGCGCGUGCUACUCCAGGUGUAAACGCCGAUCCACAAAAGCGAGUAUCGACACCAAACCCAUUCCUCGAUUCCAACUCUCGUCAUGGACUGCAGCAGACGCAACCACCAUCAGGUCUCUCAGCCUCGAUCGAAGAAACACCCGCGAUGCCCACCUCCCCUCCCAAAAGUAUGGAAGCUGUCAUUUCAGAGAAUAAGAACCUCAUCACGAGGACCAUCCUCACUGCUAUGCGCCUUUACGGCUUCCACCGCUCGAAUACUCGGGCUUCGACCAAACUCGCCUCUGGAGACGACCCUGAAGCAUCAAAUGCAACUCCGGCACCAGAGACACACCGCGCGGAGACGCCAAUACCAGGCACUUCGGCGGAUGACGACGAGUUCAAGUCUAUGUACCACGCAACGUACAAGGCAGCAGCGUUUGCCCUCCGCAAGUUUCUGAAAGGUUCUGCGAUUGAACCACCUCUGUUGCUGGAGAAGAACAAAGCUAUGACCUGCAUUGACGAGCUCCUGCGAAUUUUCUGCGAGGAUCAUUGA